AAUUAAUUUUUCUGAUGCUGAUUCAACUAGUGAUUUAGGAAAGUUAUUACAAAAUUGUCUAAGACAGUGUUAUGAAAUCGAUUUUCAUAUUUUAAGAUACCCUACUCAAACCAUAUUUUGAAAAGAAUCAAAAACUUCAUCGUAAAUUUCGAAUAUCAUGUUAGUUUACUGAUCGCAGCGCUCUCAGGCUUCAACGGUAUUUGGAUGAACCCAGUUAUAUCGAUGUUUCUUUAGGGACCAAAGUACCAAAUUGUAGUCUGUGAUACAGUCUUUGAUAUUUUUUAUUUAUCAAUUACCUUUAUCUCAUUUUAGUCAGUAUCGAACAUUUGGACUCUAGGUGAAUAUUCAUUUUACGUUCAUUAUGUUUGUACGAAAAAGUUAUUAUCCAUUGCAAAGACUACUCAGAAAUUAUUCAAACAUAGGAAAAAGUCCUGUUGAUGUUGUGGUUGAUAAUUUGGGUAUAGCGACAGUAACUCUUCAGAAUCCUCCUGUAAAUAGUUUGGAUUUACAACUGGUAUCUGAAUUAUCUAAUACUCUCAUUUCGUUAGAAAAGGAUAAAAGUCGAGGACUCAUUUUAAAAUCGUUUUCAGACAAAGUAUUUUCAGCUGGAAUUGAUUUAUUGGAACUUUAUAAGCCUCAAAAAGACAGGGUUAAACAAUUUUGGACAGCACUACAAGACUGUUGGAUAAAUCUUUAUGGAUUCAGUGCUCCUACUGUAGCAUGUAUUAAUGGCCAUGCUCCAGCUGGUGGAUGUUUGCUAUCACUCAGUUGUGAGUAUAGAGUUAUGUUGAAAGAGAAGACUAUUGGUCUCAAUGAAACUAAAUUGGGCUUAGUUGCACCACCCUGGUUUAUAUCAACAAUGAUGAAUGUGAUUGGUCGUAGACAAACAGAAUUGGCUUUGACAAGUGGGAGAAUGUUUACAACUGAGGAAGCUUCCAAGAUAGGAUUAAUCGAUGAAAUUGCAGAGAAUUCUGAAGAAGCAAUGAUAAAGUGCAGAGCAUUCCUUCAGUUAUUUGAAAAAAUUUCUCCUUCUGCUAGAGCGGCCACAAAAAAUAUGAUCAGGAAGAAAACUAUUCAGGAUCUGGUGAAAAAUAAGGAGGCUGAUCUGAACCUAUUCUGUGACAUAGUAAUGCAAGAAAAGGUUCAACAAGGUUUAGGAUUGUAUCUACAAUCUCUCAAGAAGGCAAAAAACUAAGUUUUUAUAAAGAUUUAAUAUGCAGGUUAUUUACAUAUUUGUUGGAAAUGAAAUUUAAAUUUUUUACCAUUAUAUUCAUUAUAUAUAUACAAUAAUAA